AGUUAUUUGUUUAUGUCUUAAUUUGGUGUAAUAUAUCUUGCUCAGAAAGUUUUAAAUCGAAUUUGUGUUGAUUUUUAGUUUUCAAAUAGCUAUUACCGUGCUAAUUUCUUAGAAGCAGUGAAAAUGAUUCCUGAAAAUAAUGCAAAAUAGUUCUUUAUAUUUUUGUUGAUUGAAUUACGAUUGUCGGGCUGUAGUUUUUGAGGAUGUUAUUCCAAUUCGCGCUAUAUCUUCACUCUCUGAAGUCACAGAUCGGUAGUGAUAAUAGCCCGAGAAAAACGAUAAAUUCAAUAUUUUGGUUGUGUUGUUUAUUAGCAGUAAUUUUCUUCUACUUCAAAAAAAGCUUGGAGCUCGUGCUUCGUCGGGGUCGUGUCCAAGUACUGAAACAUUCCCAAACUGUUCAUCACGCAUGGAAUAUCUGCUUUUACACAGCUGCAACAGUAUUCCUUGGAUUGUAUCAUAAGCUAUUGAUACGCCCGGAAAUCGUGAAUCAAAGCAGUAAAUACUUCCCGCAAUAUAAUAACACGAUAUUUCUAACUGCAUGUGAUGUGGUUAAGUUUGAAAUAGUAUCCAUGGUGUUGGUUUCCUUCGAUACAAUUGGUGCUCUAACUCGUUUGAGAAACAGUGAUUAUUCGGAAGCAGUUUCUAAGAUUUUCUAUGCUGCAUUACUACUAUGCUGUUUUGUGUUGCGACUUGAAAAUUAUAGCGUAUUACUCAACAUUUACUUGGGGGUGUUCAACGCGUUCCAAGAAACAUUACUCUUGCUUUCACUGCAUACUAGUGAAAAACGUGAUACUACGUUAAGGUUAUAUGUGAUACUUAAUUUUAGUUCAUGGUCUUACCUAUUCCUCAAUAUGUUGCCAUUUGAGUUUCUCAUUCCUACAUUGUACGCCAUUAACAAAGAACUUUAUAUGUAUUUGAACAUCUUUUUCUGGAUGUGGUAUUGUUCGUGCAUAUGGAACUCGCCAAUCUUAAAACUCAUGUAUCAUAAAAUUUAUCAUUUAAAUCCAUAUGACUGCAUUGGGGGAGAAUCUUCAGUACGCUGUAUACUUCUUGACGAUACUCGCAACUACCGACACCAUCGGAAUCUGGAGCGAGCAUAUCUUGAAUUGAAACUAUUCCAUGAUAAAAGCAAGCUAAGCGGAACACGCCAUGCGAAAAAUGAUAAUUCCUCUGCUAAAGCCUUCCAAACUAUAAAAUGUGUUCUGGCAUUGAAACGAAAGCUCAAACGAAUGCGUGAAAAUCGCGAUCAACUCUCAACUUAAGGAUUCCCAGUAGUUUUUAGGAAACGGACACUAAACCUCAAAAGAAAAAAAAUACUGAACAGAACACAAUGCUUUUCAAUUGAACUGCAAAAGGAGGCUGAGAAUGUAGUUUUAAUAAAGUUAUAUAAUGAAGUAAAUAGAGCACUAUAUU